AUGGCAGAUAUUCAAGAACUGAUCAGACCGGAAGGUGUCAAAAGCGAGCCUUCAAAGCAUCAGCGCAUAGGCCGCUGGGAACUUGAGCGCCUCGUCCGUUGUGUUGUGGCAGCAACAAAGUCAUUCGGCCACCGGUGGAUCAUCACCGAGUUCAUUCGGUUGUGCGUGUUCUCGCUGCUAGGGAUACGCCAUGCAUGUUGCAACCUCUACAAUAUCGAGCACCGCGGAGAUCCAGCAUUCGAGCGCCAACCUCUGCCAAGAUAUACUCUAGCCAAAUCGCAACAGAUCGCAGAAGAAGACGAAGAUCUUAAAGGUGUCUUGGAGAAGAUGGUUUCCUCUCUCGAUGCCCAAUAUGAUCCAUAUACAGGCAAUCUUCAAUGCUUCAUAGACGAAUUGCUACUACCCCAGACUGAGGCUGAACUUGAACGUUUGAAGACAGAGGACAAAGAUAUGUUCGAUGUGGGCAGACGAACCCUGGGUGUUGUUAUGGCUGCUUAA